AUGAGUGUAUUUCAAGUCUGUUGUUAUGAAAGUGGCAAGCACGGGCAUGGUCAACGAGCUUCACCGAAAAGACUUCUCCAGAUCAACGAGAAUCAAGUUAUUCUGCGGGAGAACGUUGGGCAGCAGCGUUAUGUAUGCCUGAGCUAUUGUUGGGGUGAAAGCGCCCAAAUCACCAAAACCACCAAAGAGACAAUCAAGGAUCACCAGAGAAACAUACCUUGGCAUCAACUUAAUGCAACAUUCCAGGAUGCAAUCACGGUCUGUCGUCGUCUAGACGUCUCGUAUUUGUGGAUCGAUUCAUUGUGCAUUUUGCGAGAUUCCAUAGCAGAUUGGACGGAACAGGCUGCGCAAAUGGCCAAUAUUUAUGCAAACGCAUAUCUCACAAUCGCAGCAACAAAUUCUAGCGACGCGUCUGGUGGUUGUUUCAGACAAACAAAUGACAAGUACAUGUCCAAACUCUCUCCAGGGUACAAAGACACAUAUGUUCGCCAUGAACUUCCUGACUUUCCACUUAUGUCGAGGGAGUAUCAAAUAAGAGAAAGCCCAGACUGGCCACUUUUGAGUCGUGGAUGGGCCUAUCAGGAAAUGCCACUUUCACGACGGGUACUGCACUUCUGUGCCCAGGAAGUGGUAUGGGUUUGCCGGUUUUCACAGAAAAGCGAGAGCAUGGACAACGACCAAGAUUUUACUUCCGAAGAUAAAUGGAGCGGGAGGGCAUAUCUCUAUGUUCCAUAUGGUAUCCUUUAG